AUGGGAAGGGGUGUGGCUGACUUGGUUUCAAGAGCAUCUAAAGCUUAUAGAGUUGCAGAGUUUCAAAAACUUUUUGGAGAUAUUUGCAACAUCAGUCCUACGAUUGGAGAAUACGACCAGAACACAAACAAUGCUGCAGAGUCGAUCAAUUCAGCUUUGAGAUCACCUAGAGAGUAUCCAGUAAUCCCUUUACUAGACAGCAUCAAAGAAAUGUUAACACGCUGGUUUUUUGAGCGGAGAGAAUUAAGUGCCAAGCAGAAAGAUCCUUUAACUGUUAAGGUGGAGAAGAAGAUGUCAAGAAGAAUAGUGAAAGGUAAAUACUUUAAAAGUUAUCCGAUUGGAAGAAACAUAAUACAGGUUAAAGCGCAUGGGGUAGACUUUGUGGUUGACUUGGAGAGAAGGACAUGUACAUGUGGGAAGUUCCAAAUGGGCAAACUCCCUUGCAGACACGCCAUUAAAGGAGCUUUUGAUAUAGGCAAUGAUCUGUAUCCAUAUGCUGAUGAUAUGUAUAGCACUACCAGUUGGAGAGAGUACUAUGAGGAGACUGUUAAUCCAAUAGGUAUUCCAGAGAGCGAAUGGGGCGUCCCUGACCACAUUGAGGCUGCAAAAGUUUUACCACCUGAAUCAAGAAGACACCCUGGUAGACGAAGGAAACGAAGACAUGAAACAGUUGAAGACAAGAUAAGAGCGUCUCAACAAUCACAAUCGUCGAAGAGACACAAGUGUAGCCGUUGUGGUAAAGAAGGACACAACUGA